AUGAAGAUUUGCCAUCGCUCCUUGAAAGUUACCCGCGUGCAGGCUGUGAGCGCGCUCUGCCAGCGGCGGCCAUUGCCAGGUGGCUCGAAACAGGCAUUGUGCCGUCAUGUCGAAGCACUGUGUUCCCUCGGCCUGGCAGAGACUCUCCUGCAGGAGUUGCUGCGGGAUGUGGCAGUGCAGCUGCGACAGCAGCUAAGUGAAUGCAGCCUGGACCCCGACCAAGAUGGGCUAUCAAAUCUAGUGGCUGUCGCUUUGGCCAUGUGCGGGGUCCUCAUUGACGUAUCCAGAAUUUACAGCUUCCUGGACUCUGCCGUCGCGUGCAAGGCUGAUGCCUCGCUCUACGAGGUUCUCCGUGGCCACUUCCGCCAGGUGCUUCUCGAAACGCGUCAACCCCUGGACUCCAUAGUACGCGGUGCUUUGCGAUUGAUCCACGAGCAUCGUCAGGGCAAGGUUGUGGACAAGCAAACGCUGAAAUCUGCGAUACAACUGUUCAAGAUUCUGGACUUGUACACCGUCCAGCUGGAGCCACGACUUCUGGAAGAGACCGCUACCUUUUUCUGCGAGGAGUCCUCGAUCUGGCUUGAAGAACAUGAACUGGCAAAACUACCGGAUUUUUUGGCGUUCGUGGAGAGAUGCCUGGCGGCCGAAAGUUCGCUUGGAGAAGAAUGCGGGAUGCUUCCAUCAACGAUGAUGCAGAUUCGGGCAGCCGGGCAGAAGGAGAUGAUCCAGAUGCGCUCAGAGAAACUGCUAUCAUUUGGUUUUGAUGACUUGGUGUUGGACGUGCAGGUGGAGGCGCUGGCCAUCCUCUACCAGCACUUUAGGGACCUCGAUGCCCUUCCGGUGCUUCGCCGCGCCUAUGGCGAUGCACUUCGCAAGGCUGGGGUUAAUGUCCUCGAGACCAGCGAUGACUUCAAAGUUGUCAUUCCAAGCAUCGAGCGACUUAUCUCCGCGGCGCAGGAGGUCCUGAGUGCCGCAUUUCUCGACGAUUGCAACUUCGGAAUUGCCUUAAAGGAAGCGCUCGAAGGAUCUCUGAACUCACGAUCAGCGAACAAAGUGGCCAAGCUACUGGCUCGACACAUGGAUUGUGUCUUGCGUGGUGGCCGUGGCGGUGUCCGGGCUGGUGUGGCAGAUACCAAGUGCUCGCAAUCGUCUUCUCAAUGUUUCUCUCCACCUGAACGUGCCGGUUUGGAAUUGGGUGAAGAUGCGGAGGCCUGCGUCCAACGAGCCAUUCAGAGUCUUGGACUGCCCUUGCAUGACAAGCCCAAUCGAUCCACAAUCGCAGCUACCACCAAUCAGAUUCAGUCCUUCAAUGCGUGGGUGAGUCUUGCUUGGCGGACGUAG